AAUACACGACACUGAGAGAGGCAGCAGCGCACGCCAGGGGUAAAAGUCAGACUUGGCGUGUGUGCAGUAGGGCGCUAGGCUAAGGAGGUAGUCGUAUAAAAUCCAAGGAAGCUAAAGGAGGAGGAAAACAAGUGAUGGAGGAGUACAAAAGCCUUAAGAUAACAAGUGAUUCAGGGGGCGUUUAUAAUCUAAUCUUGAAUCGGCCGGCAACUCUGAAUGCUCUAUCACCCGAUUUCUUUGUUGAAUUCCCAAAAGCCCUGUCUCAUCUCGAUGAAAACCCCAACGUCUCCGUCAUAGUCCUCUCCGGCAAAGGCGAUCAUUUCUGCGCCGGCAUAGACAUCAAUUCUCUCAAGACAAUCAGUAGCUCCACUGCCGCUUCCGACGACCGUGGACGCGCAGCUGAACGCCUCCGCCGCCACGUUCUCUUCAUGCAGGAAGCUAUCACCUCUGUGGAGAAAUGCCGAAAGCCUGUUAUUGCCAGUAUUCACGGGGCUUGUAUUGGCGGUGGUAUUGAUCUGAUUACUGCCUGCGAUAUUCGCUUCUCUACUGACUCUGCUUUUUUCUCUGUCAAGGAGGUUGACCUUGCCAUUGUUGCUGAUCUUGGCACCCUUCAGAGGUUGCCUUUUAUUGUCGGUUAUGCCAAUGCAAUGGAACUUGCUUUAACCGCCAGAAGGUUUUCCGCUUCCGAGGCCAAACAUUUGGGACUUGUUUCCAAAGUUUUUGCUUCCAAAUCCGCUAUGGAUCAAGCUGUCCUUGCCUUUGCUCAGGGACUUGCUGCUAAGUCUCCACUUGCUGUCACUGGGACAAAAGCUGUGUUGCUAAAAAGUCGGGACAUGACACUAGAAAGAGCUUUGGAUUAUGUUGCGACGUGGAACUCUGGUGCAGUUAUAUCUGAUGAUUUAAAUGAAGCUAUCUUAGCUCAUAGCCAGAAAAGGAAACCUGUUUUUGCCAAACUAUGAUAGCACAUAUCCAGCUGUUACUGAAGGCCAAUGCUUCCCAUCAAUUAACUCACUACAAUGUAGUUUCUUGUGAUUAUAAAGUUGGGCUUUAUAUUUGUCAGUAACAUAAUAAGCUCUAGCCAAGUUCUUGGUAGAUAUUUGAAUAUUGUUGUUGCUUUGUUUUUGAUAAGAACGCGAAGAUUAGUUUGGGUGCAUUGUUUGUCAGUAACAUGAUAAGUUCUAGUCAAGUUGUUGGUAGUUAUUUGAA